AUGGCCACAUCCAUGUGGCCUAGAUUAUGGAAAAUAGCUAAUAUAAAUCCAAUUCCAAAGGUCGACAUUCCUAAGAUAAAGAAAGAUUUCAGAGGGAUAAAUAUCACACCCAUAAUAGCCAGGGCGUUUGAAAGGAUAGUGUACGAACAUUUUUCGAAAGAUACAUUUGAGCGUGAACUGAAUAACAACCAGUUCGCUUAUCGAAAAGGAGGCAGCUGUGUCGACGCUCUGCUCAAAGUGCGACAUUUUAAUCUGAAAGCAUUGGAUAACAGUUGGAAUAAAACAGUACGAUUGUUUGCGAUGGACUUCAGUAAAGCUUUUGACAGUGUCAGACAUAACAUACUAGGCGAAAAGCUUAAGGCCACUGGUUUGAAUCCAUACCUAGUAAAUUGGUAUUUUGACUUUUUAAAAGAUAGAAAGCAAAGGAUCAUGCACAAUGGCAUCGUAUGUGAAUGGAAAAUGGUUAAUAAAGGAACAACACAAGGUAGCGUUAGCGGUCCGCAUCUCUUCAAUUUAUUUGUAAACGACCUUAUCAUAGAAGAAGAAAACAAAACUGCAUUAGAUAAAUAUGCAGAUGAUGCCACGUUACAAGUAGUCGUACUAAAAAACUCCCAGGAUGACUCAUUAACUUACUUAAAUCAGUUUAUGAACUGGACAGAAGAAAAUUACAUGUCAUGUAAUACAUCCAAGUGCAAGGAAUUAGUUGUAAACAAAUCGGGCAGAGCAGAGCAAUAUAUACCACCUAGCAUUAUGAACAUGGAACAAUGUCCCAAAUUGAAACUACUGGGAGUAACAUUCCAGUCCAAUUGCAAAUUUACAGAACAUGUAAAGAAUAUGUUAUAUAGUGCAAAUAAAAGUUUAUACGUGAUACGAUCGUUACGAAAGGAAGGACUUUGUCAACGGGAGUUGAAUUUGCUUUUCAACUCUCUUGUAAUCUCAAAGAUAUUGUAUGGUCUAUCUGUCUAUGGUUCGUCUACCCCAGAUUUAUAUACAGUGCAGUGCUUCUUAACUAGAUGUUUUAAACGAAAUUAUUCUAGCAAACAUUACGAUAUAUACAAACUAUUAGAGAGAAGUGAUCGUAACAUUUGGAGAAAGAUAAAAAAUAACGAUAAUCAUCCGCUUAAACAUAUGCUACCUAUAGUCAAAGACUCAUCCAGGCGUCUGCGUAACAAAAGCUCACUGUGGCCAAAAUGUAACACAGAACGCUUCAAGAAUAGCUUUUUUAAUAGACUGAUUUUUAAGUAUAAUUUGCAUGUUGAUAAUGAAUAA